AUGGAGGAUGCCAGUCAUCAUGGAGCGGCUGUCGAUACUAUUAUUAUCGAUAGUGAUUGUGAUGAUGAUGGUACGGUUCAUCAGAACAGGAUGAGAUCAAAUGAGUUGGGGGAUUCGAGUGGAACAUCUUUGCUCUACCUAAAUGAUGAGAUAUUGGCAUCUAUAUUCCUCUGGUUGCUCGGACCAGAGGAUGUAGCAUAUCGGCAUAUCCUGCCUAUGUGCAGCGCUAGCAGUACUCUAUCUGGCAUGGAUAUAGCUGGGGUUGAUGAGGGGCAGAGUAACAAUAAGGUAGAGGUGGGAGAUGAUGAUAAUGACGAGGCAAUGCCCCAAGGACACCAGGAGGAAGCUCUGGAUAAUCAUCAUGGUCAGCAUAAUGGGCCGGUCUCGCAUAGGGCUACUCUUGAGAAUAGUAGUACACCGGUUGGCGCAGUAUUGACAGGAAGGGAAAUACUACGAUCACUCUGCAAUAGAACGAGAAAUAUAAUCGAUUCCCUUUGUGGAGUCUUGACUAUACGUGUAAAGGAUCUAGUAGAGUCCGCAGUCAUUAGUGACUCCCCCACUAUAGCUCCGGCCACUCUGCCAAAUCGGAUCACAUGCCAGAAUUACAUUUUCGAUUUCACGGGUAUACAUUCGACAUCCCUACGAGGCCCUCUAAAUACCAUAGUCAACUUCAUCAAUACCACAACAUAUACACAAGGAUUGCCUCCUUCCCGUAUGGCGGCGGCAACAUUGUUAACACCACCAGCUAGAGUGCAUUUGCUCAACAUUAAUCCAUGGAUGCUCGAGCCAAGUAGCCGCUGCAUCCGUGACGUUUUCGGGGUUGUACGUGAUAUAGAGGAGAACAACAAAAAGAGUUGCUGCUUCCCCCAGCGGAUGAUGGACGAUAUCUCCUAUAACCAUAGCAUGCUCAUCGACAGUUCCUCCUCAUCUUCAUUCCCAUCUAGAAGAAUAGAGGUCGUUCGAAUGACUCUAUGCGGCUUCAUAAUACAUCAGCAGGAGCUGCCUCCAUUGAAGAUAACACUCAAUAACCUACGCUCACUUUCUCUAGCAUACUGCACUAUCCCUCUUACUGGACUUCAUGCUGCGUCCCCAGAUACAGUACGUCAGGUACCUUGGUUACCAUCUAUGCCCAUGUUGGAGAGCCUUGAGCUACGACAUAUGGUGGCUGUGGACAGCAGUGGUAUGAUGUCUCUAGGUCAUGGCUUGCCUAUCCUCAGUAUUGGUGACAGUGUUGGCCUCCCUGAUGCAUUGUUGGAAGGCAUCCUACAUCGUAUACCCAAUCUAAGGGAUCUACUCAUAGACUCCUCGGCAUCUAUCAUGUGCCCUGAUAUAGCCUCUAAUGCCCCUAAACUAGAGCAUCUCGCCAUAUCCCACUGUCCACGAUUGAGACCAUCCUCCAUCGAGAAGGAGGAGGCAUACCCCACUACGCAGCAGACCAUGAAGAUUGUACGAGAGUACGAGGCGUUACUGGGAGGUGGUGAAUCAGGGAGGGACACUCGACUGAGCAUCGUUAGAGAUAGUAUCAAUAAUGGGAUGGUCAACCAGAAGAGGUCCUUGGCCCCAUCAUCCAAGGCUACCCGUGACCACGAAGUACAUGACUCUACUCAGAGGGAGGGGGAGCAGCCGGCCAAUGAAGAUGACGAGAAGGAUAGUGAUGAUACUGGUAGUGUCGAUGACUAUCGACGUUUGAGUAAUGGAGAUGACCUUAUGUUGGAUCUCAUUAUAGAACUAACUACGGCAGUAGCUCUGGGCUUACUAGCGCGGCUAGUAGCUGUCAAUGAGAUAAUGUACUCUAAUUACCAACAACACCAACAACAUGCACGAGGUGCAUCGGCUACACACUCCACGCUCGAGACCUUCCCGACACCUGUCUCGCCUCCCAUUCUACACAGGCCAGAUCUAUCAGGGAUACACAUGGACGAUGAUGAUGACGAUGAUGAAGUCUCCUCGCCAUUGGUAGAGAUCCCAUCCCCCACUCCGAGGAACCCUCCCUCUACUGAUCGUAGACAGCCCUUCAUACCACCACCGCCACCACCGUUGAUAUCAAUAGUGCCCCCUCUUCCUGCCAUGCACACGAUACAACAGCUACUCCUCGUGCAUCGAAUGCCAAUGUCGGGACUGGAAUUGGAUGCUCCCUCGGGCUCUACUCAGUGGGACUCCUCUUAUAAGGAGACUAUGGCGGUGCUUAUUUCCGCCCCUGUGAAGAUGGCCUUUGAAGUCUUAGCUGGGGACAAUAAAUCGAUGGACUGGGGAAGAGAGGGGGAGGAGGUAGAGGAGGAGGGAAAGGUGUCAGGGGUAGCAGCUGAUGAUAGACACAACAAAGAGCCGGUGAUGGAUGGUGAUGAUGGUGAUCCUAUGUCGUCAUCCCUUGUUGAUGCUAGACACAGGGCUGUCUAUGAAUACGGCAAAGCGUAUCAGAGUAUGAUUGACAAGUUUAUGUCGAUGCGAACGGCUCAAGUUACUGUCAUGUCCCAAUUGCCCGAGAGACAACAACAACAGUUGCUCUGGAAAGGCUUACUUAUACAGUCUACUGGUGCCUUCUCGAGGGAAGGGGCAUAUUCCACCAAGAUCCUCACUUAUCGGAAGACCCUCUUGAAGUAA